UUAGUGCUCAAAGAUGAAGGUGUUUGUAUUUCUUUUGGCCGUUAGUGCUGUGUGUGCCUUCCCGCAGGAGCUUAUGGCUCCGGGAUUGCCCCUUGAGGAGGGUCCUGGAGAGGAAUUUAUGCCAGUGAUUGAUAACAAGGAGUGGGCUAUGGUACCCGAUACUGAGGGAAAAUUCCACAUUGUCAACGUACAGGAGGCACUCAACCAGGAAGCAGAAAACUUCUAUAAUCCUGAAACCGAUAUUGUAUACCUCCUGUUCACAGCAAGUAAUCCCACAAAUGGACAAACUGUGAUCAGGAAUAAUGCUGCAUCUCUGGCUGCAUCCAACUUCAAUCCAAGCCAUCCUACGAGGAUCCUUAUUCACGGAUGGAACGGAAAUGCUAAUGCUGCAUCCAAUACACUCGUUCGUAAUGCUUACCUUCAACGUGGCAAUUUCAACGUUUUCGUUGUAGACUGGGGGGCAGGAGCUCAAACCAUUAACUACAUCACAGCUAGGAAUCGUGUAGGACCCACAGGAACAAUUGUUGGUAACUUCAUUCACUUCCUCGUGAAUUCUGGUGGUGCCAAUAGGGCGCACAUAUCUGUUAUUGGACACAGUUUGGGUGCUCAUGUUGCUGGAUUUGCUGGCAAGAAUCAUCCACCUCCAAAUCAACUUGCUAGCGUUGUUGGUCUUGAUCCCGCAUGGCCACUCUUUGAUGCUAAUGAUCCUACUGUUCGCAUGGCUAGCACUGAUGCUGCUUUCGUGGAAUCCAGUCACACUAAUGCAGGACUUUUGGGCUUCACUGUCCCAAUUGGAGAUGCCACGUACUACCCCAACUGGGGAAGCUCUCAACCAGGAUGUGGAAUUGAUGUAUCUGGUGCCUGUGCUCAUGCUCGUUCUAACCAAUUCUUUGCUGAAUCUAUCAACACUAACACACAUUUCUAUGCUGUUCGCUGCCCUGGUGGUUAUGAUCAGAUUCUCAAUCAGUCCUGUCCCCAAACCGGUGCAUCCAGGAGGAAGAGUGGAGAACCCCUUGAUACCACUGUUCAUGGUGUCUUCUGGUUGCCCACAAACAGCGCAUCCCCCUUCGCCAUGGGACCAAUUUAAAGAUGAUUAUUCAAUAAAGAAUUUCUUGCAAGAAAAA